UUACUUGUGAAGCAGACCAUUUAUUCACAUCUGCUCCUCGCGUUAACAAGUGGUCGAAAUUUCGCUAUCGUUUAAAGACUCAAUAUGUUAAAGAUUUUGUUUGUGUCAACUCUCCUGAUUGUGAUGGCUGGUUUGCCAAUAUCCUCUGGCUUUCGGAGACACGUUUGCUUAUACAAGAAGAAUUACCGAGUCAAGCGCUUAAAAUGUUUGUCUGAAUUCAAGAAGCUUGUGCCCAAGAGGAUUCUGGAGAAAACUACACAAAUUUAUAAGGCACAAAUUCCACAGAAGACCAUUCUACAGACGUUAUUACAAAGAUUGUUGCCAAGGAUGGACAAAGGGAAGAUUUGGAAAAUGUAACAAAAAAACCUGCAUUGUUUUACCACAGUUUGCGAACAAGCAAAUGUGCUCAUUGCGUCGUCGUGAAAGCUUAAAAGUUCGACGUCAAUUCUAUGUUUUAUCCAAACCUUUGAAUCCUCCUAAAAGGUUCCCUGAUGAAUCGCGUAAUCUUAUCGAAUGCGUCUCAUAUCCUUUGCUCAAUCAACCGUCUCCCAAGGUUCUCGAACGCAGUUUUGCGGAUCCUGGACUAGUUGAGAGAAAAUGGCUGUUAAGCUACCUUGGUAUGUCUAUCUGGAAUCAAAUACUUACCAGAAAAAACAACGCAAAGAAUUUACAGUACAAGACUAACGAUGACUACAGCAAUCUGUUGGAGACGUUUCGAUCAAGCCAAUUAAAUGGUGUCGUUCCCCUAAAAAUCGGUAGUGGAAAGCCUACGAAUUUCAACUUGUCUGCCUCGUCUCCUUAUGUAAAAUUUCCGUCGCAAGAACUGCCAUUUUAUGACAUCAUCGAAAACGAACAUUGGCAAGAUGAUCACGUGUUCACAAUGCAACGACUUGCCGGACUGAACCCAAUGAGUAUCAGAAAAAUGACGAGAAAAGAUUUUAGAGAAAACUACGUGAACAAGAACUAUGACUGGGAUGCAGCUGUUUCGAGAGCUGCAGGAGAAAUUACAACAGUCAAUAAGAUAAUUGACGAUGGACGAGCUUUCAUAAUAGACUACAAACUGUUGUUUGGUCUAACAAACAUGGAUAACUAUUUUAGCCAAACGAAAGAUAGAAAAAUGAGGUGGUCCUCAAGUCCAUUUUGUGUGUUUGUCGUAAUACGUGGUUGUAAGGACUUGAAGCCAGUUGCCAUUCAAACAAACCUUACAUCAGAUUCUCCAGUGUACUCUCCAAUUGAUGGAAAGAAGUGGCUCAAUGCAAAGAUGGAAAUCCAAGUAGCUGAUGUCGUUUAUGAAGAACUUGUCGAGCACUUGUCAAAGGCCCACUUUCUUAUGGAACGAAUGUGUGUCAUUAUGCAAAGGACCCUUUCUAAAUUCCAUCCACUUUAUCAGAUAUUUCUCUGGCAUUGUCGUGGCCUUUUAGUUGUUAAUUCCCUGGGUUUAACUGCGCUCUUUGGAGAAGAAAAUUUCUCACGAAAACUGUUCAGCGUUGGAUAUUCUGGUACUAUUGAACUUAUCAAUCGAGCCUCACCUGAAAUUACAUGGGAUGUCACGGACUUUGUGACUAAUCUGAAGAAACGAGGCGUUUAUGACGAAGACGAACUUCCUUACUUUCCUUACAGAGAUGAUGGUCUGCUUUUGUGGGAGGAAGUUGGUGAUUAUGCUGAAGAAUAUGUAAAUCUGUAUUACAGAAAUAAUCUCGACGUGAUAAGGGACAAAGAAUUGCAAAACUUUGCCAAUGAACUGUCUGCAAAUGGCUGGGGACCCAAUGGUGGAAUUGGAAUGUUAAAGAAAUUUCCAGCAAGGAUUAGAUCAAAAAGAGCACUUAUCGACGUCGUAAAGAGAAUUGUAUUCAUUCCAGUGCAACACAGUGCUGUCAAUUAUCCAGUGGCUUACUACGGUGGUUUUGUACCAAAUCAACCAACCAAACUUUACAACGAUUCUAGAGUGCCUCCUGGAGAGUUCGGAUUUGAUAGUUUACCGCAGUCUCGUGGUGCCGUGGAACAAGCGUCUUUAUCGAUGUCUUUGGGUUCGCUUCGUUUCGACGUUUUUCUUGACUAUGGCAACAAAUUGAAGGAUCAUCGUGCUAAGGCUGUCGUCAAUAAAUAUCACGCAAGGUUGACUGGACCAAUCAACAAUAUAAUUACGAGAAGAAAUAAAGCAAGAUUAGCAGUGGGGAAGUUCACCUAUCCUUAUUUGCUGCCUAAAUGGAUAACCAACAGUAUUCACACAUAAAAAUUUUGUCACGCAUGCAUGAGAAGAAAGUUUGUUGUAAUAUCAGUUAAUGUAACUAACUAUUUGUUGAAAAUUAACACUGGCAUUAAAAAUUGAUUUUUUCAAAA